AUGUCCAGCUUGACCACAGGAACAAAAAAACAACGAAAACCAAAGAAACGAACCCAAGCUGUCACAGAGCUGGACACCCUGGAGGUUCCUCCUCUCACCCCGACCAGUAAGGAGGUCCUCACCCAGGCAGUGAGAGCUAGUUUCGCUGGCUUCACCCAGGAAAGGGUCAGCCAGCACUUUCCACAAGAUCCUAGCUUGUGGUCUGAGUGGGAGGUGAACCACUGGCUGGAAUGGUGUCAGACUGAGUUUGGUCUUCACUACCUGGGUUCAGACCUGAAGGGCCUGCAGGGUAGCGAACUAUGUGGUCUGGACCGAGAGACUUUCCUGGGUCUGAUGUCUGACUGCACUGCUGGAGAGAUUCUGUGGGAACAUCUGGAGAUCAUGAGAAAAGAGAAUGAAUAUGACUUCAGUUCUGCAUUGCCCUCCUACACAGUGUCAUCUUACUGCCAUCCUCUAGUCAACAAAGAGAACUACUCAGAUUACGUUCAGGAACAUUCAGAGAAGCAUAGCUACCAUGUUCAGUAUCAUCCCACUGAGAGGACAGACCUCCAUACUCUGGACCCUGUGACUGUACAGCAUCACGACUACUAUCUGGUUAAAACAGAAGAUCCCAGCAGGAACAUGGCAUCUGUCCCGCUUCUACAGGAAGCAGGAGAUAACAGAGAGACAGACUCAGAAGUGGAAAUGUCUCACAGUGACGAUUCAGACAUUGUGGGCUCUAAAUCGUGGACUGGUCCACUCCAUGAUAUAGAACCAGUGAUGGAAGAGACUAUGUCAACAGAUGUCUUCACUUUACCACAGACACACAGAAGCUUCAAAGAAUAUGUAGGGAACAAAACAGACCUGAGCAGAGCUGUGAUACCAGCAGCCAUCCUUGCUGGUUACACUGGAAGUGGUCCCAUUCAGCUGUGGCAGUUUCUACUGGAGCUCCUGACAGACCGCAGCUGUCAAACAUGUAUAAGCUGGACAGGAGAUGGGUGGGAGUUCAAGCUGACGGACCCUGAUGAGGUGGCGCUGCUGUGGGGGCAGAGGAAGAACAAACCCAAGAUGAACUAUGAGAAGCUGAGCCGUGGUCUUCGCUACUACUACGACAAGAACAUCAUCCGCAAGACUGCUGGCAAACGCUACGUCUACCGCUUUGUCUGCAACCUGCAAGGCCUGCUGGGAUAUGAGCCCAGGGAGCUGCAUGCCAUGUUGGACAUCAGUAUUCUCAACCUCAGCAGAUGA